AUGUUCACGCCAGUUCACACAACCCUAGGCGCGCUGUUACUGUUCCAGGGAUCAUCGGGCCUCUUGUUGCACAAUGGCGCUGUGUUUGGCAUUUCCUCCCUGCUGUCAGGGAUCGCCUUCAACCCUGGUCGUGACAAUCUGCCGAUCAUCGCGGGUCUGGUCUCGAGUGUAGUGCCGGUCUACCUCUUCGCACCAUCACUGAUCCCGACAUAUCCUGCGGCACCACAUUCUUUGGCUUCUGCUGCUGCAACACUGGGGGUGGGCUUCUUGUUGGGUUGGGGAACAAAGAAUGGUCGAGGAUGCACAUCCGGACACAUGCUAUGCGGUCUUUCUCGUCUCUCGCCUCGCUCACUGAUUGCAACUGCCGUUUUCUUCACCACGGCUUUGCUCACGGCGAAUUUUGUUGACAGCGGUGCCAAUAUCCCGGCUUGCGGAGCGACCCCGUGCUAUAUCCCGGUCUAUCCAUCAGCACCAGAGUUGAUCUUCAUGGCCGGUGCAACUUUGCUGGCUGCAAUCACAAAUUUCGGCAUCAUUCCACGCAAGGUCCAUCGGUCGGAAGAAUCGAGGAUUGCCUUUUCAUUCAUAGCAGGAUUAGAGUUUGGGCUGGGUCUUUUGUUCUCUGGAAUGGCCGACCCUGCCAAGGUCCUUCGAUUCUUUGCCUUUUUGACAAAUCCGUCUCGAUUUGAUCCGUCAUUGGCAUUGGUCAUGCUGUUUGGACUUGGCCCCUCUCUGUUAACUUUCCUUGCCGAGAGACCAGGACAGCUGACCAAAAAGGAGAAAGGGAAUACCAAGCCUACUUUGGCAGAGAAAUGGCGACUCCCAACAGCCACAGUUGCCGACAUCGAUUGGCGCUUCGUGGCCGGUGCAGUGGCUUUUGGGCUGGCGUGGGGACUGAAGGGUGUUUGUCCAGGUCCUGCCAUCUUGCGAACAAUCCUGCAACCAACGUGGGGACUGGCAACGAUGUCUGGAUACAUGCUGGGCAACUUAUUUUGA